AUCGAUUUACAUAUAGGUAGGUAGAUAUCUACUAAGAAUAAAAAGGGAAAUUAGUAGAUAGGUAGGCAAAUACAAAAUCCCCUCGACAGACAACUAAAGAGGACAUGAUGAUUACAACAUUUAGUAGUUAUUAAAAUAAUGGUUAACCUAGGCGUCCCUUUAACUUGGAUGAGUUUCCAGUCUUACCGAACAUAUAGGUACAUUCCGGCUACUGACCACCCGUUAUUACAGCCGAAACAUCUUGACGAUCGAUGCUUUCCAAAGCACGAAGGAAUUCUGAAUGAGCGCUUAACUUUUGAUCGAACUCUUGCUUCUAAGCCGAUAACUAAUCAAUAGAUAAAUAUACGAGAACUGAAUAUUUCAUUUGCCUAAUAUUUAAUACAAUUAGCAUAUUAUCAGCACGUGUUAGAUUGUCAGACAGGGUGCGGUUCGCCUUGUCUUUUAUUCAUGACAAACUGAUCUGUAUGACCUAAACUUGUCAGCCCAGACUAUUAUGUGUACCUACGUUAAAUUGGUUAGUUUGAUAUGGCACAAUUCUAAACGAUGUAGUCGGACAAAUUUGUACCUAACCAUGGUACAUGGACCUACCUACAUAGGUACAUCAUUCCGUUAUUCAGUAAAUGGGACAAAUAAGCAAACCAGAACGAUUUCUAGGCAAUAAUUACAUUCGUCACGCUGUCCCCACGGGGCAAGCCAAGUGCAUCGUCACACUAACUGCAAUUCAUUUGUACGUGCAUUAGUGGUUGGUCUUUGCAUUCAUUUGUGCUUAAAAUGUAUUAUUUUGAUAAACACGUCAUUUUAAUUCUCUGCGCUAUGGUAGUGGCCAAGGCAGAGCGGUGGUAUUCCGCGACUAUCAUUGAAAGGAGAGACUCUUAUCACAAUUCGUCAAAUACAGAUUUUAGACCCAGUUACAUCCAAAAUAAUGAGCAUAAUUUCAUGCCUUUAGUGUUAAUUGAUCCCAAAAAAUCUGAAUUUAAACGCAACGAUUAUUUUACGGCAUCAGACUCUCAUAAUGGCGACAUAAGGAGUGAUAACAAUGCCCCUUUAAAUCCUUCUGAUCGGAUACUAAAUUUCAAUAAUUCAAUAGAAAAUAUAAACGUACUGCAUAGAAUACGACCAAAAAGGAAACUUGUUCGGAAAAAGUGUCCGGCAGUGAAACCGAGACUAUCGAAGCAGUUAAAUUCAAAACCGAAAUCUAAGACGAGGUUUUUAGAAGUGUUUCAGGUAGUGGAAUUCGAUCAUGUGUCGUGUGUAUCCAGCAGUGGUUUAGAAGGAACGUGUCUGCCUGAAGCUGAGUGCAUCGAAUCUGGCGGAUCUACAAUGGGGACUUGUGCUGACGGAUAUGGAACGUGUUGUGUUACUCAAUUUGCGUGUGAUGAUCGAUCAGCGGCAGAAUCGGGCUGGUUCACUAAUCCGGACUUCCCUUCACCAAGCACUGAACGGUUGUCUUGUGCUUUCGCCUUGGACAAAGCUUCUGAAGACGUAAAACAGAUACGUUUAGACUUCUCUAAUUUCGAGCUACUUCCACCAACAGAUGGAUCAUGUCAAUAUGACCAGUUCAUUGUUUCAGGACAAAAUAUCAAUAACAUAAUACCCAUACUUUGCGGAAUCAAUUCCGGUCAACAUGUGUAUAUUGAAGUCGGUGACGUCGAAGGGCCAAUUUAUUUAACAUUCCAAACCGUAUCUUCCGACAGCAGACUUUUUUCUAUAAAGGUAACGCAAUUGACGUCGUCCGAUGAGCUCGCGGCGCCUUCAGGCUGCUUACAAUAUUACACAGAACCUCAAGGCUACUUGGAAUCUUUCAACUAUCGAGAUAAAUCUGACAUCGUCAUUGCAAAAACACCAAGUUAUUUAAACAAUCUCAAUUACGCUAUGUGCAUUGAGCGUAAGGCAGAAACUUGCAGCGUGACAUACACCAACACGGGUACCAUGGAGAUAGUCAAUUACGACACAUAUGGAUUACCAGUUAUUCCUCCGGGACAGGCAGGAGUGGAAAUCCUAAACUGUCCCAAUGACUGGUUGCUCAUAACUGCUACGAGGCUUUGCGGAGACCGCCUCAAUGACGGAUCCGUGUUUCAGGAUUUUACUGUAGAUGCACCUAUUACAGAUAAUAAUGCAGGACCUAUUGUAGUAUGGUUUCAUUCUGAUGAAUCCUAUGUUGGCGAUGGCUUCAAGCUGAUGUAUCAACAGAAUCCAUGCAAUACUUAACAUUAAAAUAAUAACAAAAUAAUUAUAAUCCCAAAAAUGCAUUUAUUGAUCCCUUAAUAAAAUAUUUGUGUACUUAAUACUGUUAUGAAUAUGACUUAGUUCAAUUAUGAAUAUUGUUAUCUCUUGAAAAAUAAAAGUGAAAAAAAAACUUAUAAAAA